CAAAAAUAGAAGAGAAGAUGAUGCUGUUUUUAUCAAAUUAAAGUGUUUCUAUGAAAAGGUUACAGAAAGCUGCCUAAAUCAACAGUUUACCAUAGAAAUCGUGUUGAUUUAAGGGUUAUAGCCACCCAGAGUGGUCCAGCUCACCUCUUCUCCUUAUUUACUGACAUAGGAAGGCAGAGCAGUCUGAGAGAGGCACACUUGCAGGGAAGGAGAGUCAGUGGAGCACGCAGACAGGCAAAAGGGGAGACAGACGCUGGGGGAGAAACAAAGACAGGAGAAAGCAGGAGCAUCGGUACAAACAGGGAGGGAGGAUGAAAAGAGAAGAAAGAGGUCGCAGGAACGAUGAAGAGGUGGAUGCAUCAUCUGUUGACAGAAGACAGAAACAUGGGCUUUCAGCGGAGAGCAGACAGCAGCCUGCGGUAAGAGGCGCGCUAUCCCUCCUGAAUGAGUGAAUUCACGUGUUUUCGCAGAGUGGCAUCCACCAGCGUCCAACUAAGGAAGAAAAGUACCAACCCCUGACUUUUUCAAGAAUCAUGCAAACUCCAGCUUCUAUGGUGAUGGGGAUUGUUUUUUCCCCCUUGGGACUGGUCCUCGUCUUCACAGCAGCCAUCACCCCUCAGUGGAGGGAAGGCCACGCUCGUCUGACCGUGUCGGGGACUGGGUCUUUUCUUCGAGCAGGAGCAAAAGGUCAAAGGACGGGUGGGCGGUCUGGAUCGGCAGAGGUGCUGCUCCUGCGCUCCGAUGGGCUGUGGGAGAGCUGCAUGCAGGUGGAGCACUCUGAUCUGAGACAGUGCUGGCCUGUCACUGGACCAUAUCAACGAGAUCCCUGCGUUCGACUGGCACAGGGUCUGGUGCUCACCUCCUUGUUCCUGUGCGGCAUUGGGAUCGUUCUGGCGUGCAUCGGGGUCAGGUGCUGGAUGGAUCUCCCCUUGAGAGGGGUGGCUGCCUCAGGUGGGGUUUUGGUGGUGAUUGCAGGGCUGCUGAGCCUCAGUGCAUUAGGGGUUUACACCCAUAACCUGAAAAGACUCGGGACUGAUCCAAGCCAAAGAAUCAGUAACCCUAAGCUUCCCCAGCUCAGCCUGCAUCCAGCCGGCUCCCUUUACUUUGGUUGGCUGGGUUCAUGUCUACAGGUGGUGGGAGGAACCGCUCUGCUGUUUUGUUUUAAGCAACCAAGGUGCCCAACAUGUCCGUCCCGGCCAGAACAAACUGUCUGUCCCGCUUGUCGCUCAUGUCCAGAAAUUACCAGCAAAACAGACAUGGACGUGUACGAGGUCAGCUGUUAGAACAUUAAAGUAAAGUUUGUAAAAAGAUGUACAUCUGUAAAAAAUGGAUGCACCCAUCCGGCCAAAUGAGAAAACAAAUAUUAAUAUGUAUAUGACUUCAUCACUAGAUAACAAUUCUAACUUUGUGCCAGAGAAUGAAAGCAGAGGAUAAGUAGAAAAAUUAAAAAAAAAAGAUCAAAGUUAAAGAGAAAGUUUUGGAAACUCCUUUCGUUUAAAUAAAGUGUGUCAUAAAAUACAAUUUUUAUUUAAUUUAAAGUUUUUUGUCUUUUACAGAAAAAUAACUUUUUCAUGUCUUUGUGACCAACAAGGAUAUUUUCUUUAAAGUUAGAAUUUUCAAAACACUUUUAAAUCGCAAUUUGAAAAGUAAAAUGACCUGGAUGUUUCAUACGGAAAGAUUUUUAUUGGGGCUGUCAUUUGGUUACAUUUAGAAUUUGUAGAUUAAUUACAAACUAAUUACAUACUUUUAGCUUUUUAUUAGGGUACUUGAAAAAGCCUAUUUUUUUGUGUCUAUUUUACACACACAAAAGGUAGAAGACAUGAUGCCUUAUACAACACAUAUUUAUUUUUGUAGCACAAAACAGAAACCUGAAUAAAAACCAGCUGAAAGCAUGACAAUUUUUAAGCUCAGACCUCAACGAAUUGAUGCAGUAAAAUUGACACAAUAAAUAAAUAAUGUCAGGCUUCCAAACUGAAAGUUACAAUUUUUCAGGUUGGCCAUUUAAAGUCCACUUAACGCACUAAACAUACAUUUUCAGUACAUAAAUGUUUUGCCCAUAUGAAUAGAGGCAUGCUACAGUGAUGCCAGAAAAACUAAAUAACAGACAACUAGGCUUCUUUGAUGUUUAUUGUUCUUACUUUCUUUCUUCUAUGAUCCGAGAUAAUUUAGCACCUUUAACGCCUGCAAACUGUUUAAUCUCUUCAACAAAAAGACGAUCAAAGCUGUAGGUGAGCAUAUCUGAACAUGAAGACGAUGUUUUAAAGACAAAGCAGGAGGCAAAGUCUGCUGCAGCGCCAAAAAACUUGUUCUUUUGACCCGCUGGUAACUUUGAUACAUUUGAUCAUGCAGGUAGUCCUGAAUGGACUCCAUUGUUCUAAAAUGUUGUGUUUUUAACUGUAUUUAUGGGUCUUGUUAACUUUUGAAAACCAAUAGUGAUGCUUAAAGGAUAUUUGCUGUUCUUAUGUUGUAUUCCUGUGUAGAAAGCUCUCCUACAGUUAUGCAAUUUAGUAAAGUUGACUGCUCUACUUUUGAUGCUAUUGAUAAACUAUAGGAUUUUCUUAAAAAAAAAUCUACUCUAGAGAUCAUUACAUUUUAAUUUCAGAAUAGACUAAACUGUUGUUAACAGGUCUAUUUUAGUCAAUUCUACAGCAAAUAUGCAUCAGACUACUUCUGCUUUGUAAUUUCCUUAAUUUGGCAUUUACCUGAAAGCAAUUCAUGAGUGGGAAUAAAUUCAUGCGUCAAGGUUUAAUAAAGGAGGUUUUAUUUGAUCAACAUUACGGUCGUGAUAUUUCAACUGCAAGAUUGAGUGUUUUUGUUGGAAAAAUGAGUUAAAUCCACAUUAAAUGGUGUUAUUGUAAAGUUUUGUGCGUCCAAAUAAAAUAUAUGAAAAAAACAGCGGAAGGUUGGCUGCUGCGUCAUACUUUCAAGGGGUUAUCAACAAUAAAAAACAGACAAAAGUGUUUCCAGGUGAGAUAUUUACAAGUCAUUCAUCAAAUACAAAAAAACGUUAAGACAGACUGAUAACUAUUCUGUGUCACACGUGUAUCACCAGAUCAGCCUAUGGUUGAAAUUCUGUGUUAACAAUCAAUUGAGAGGCUGAGGUGACGUCUCAAGGCGCCUCAGACAAGGUCGCCGCAGUUGAGUCGAGGUCGCCUCAUGACCUGAUUAGAAAUCAGUUGUGAUUGCUAUCUAGUUAAGUCAACAAAUUGGCGAAUGAAUAGUUCAGCAGAUAACAAAGGAUUUCAGGGAGUGACUGACAGCGAGCGACAUCUGAAAACCCACAGCACCAUGCAGGUGAGCCGGCGGAAUGACGGUAAAGGUUAAGAAAAUAAAGUGUUACUGGAAUAAAAGGUGGGAGAAAGUGAAACCAAAAAAGGUGCAGAUAUUUCAAGUGAUCUACAAUCUACAGUCCAUUAUUUUAAAAAGGAAUAAAAAAAGAAAUCUUUACAUUCUCACACAUUUUUUAUUUUUACAGAAGCUUUGAAAUCAGUCUGUUUGCCAUUCCUCAACAAGUCUGGGUUUGGCCAUGUUGUUGAACGUACUACAUAUGAAAAUAUUCAUCAUAAAAAAAUAAAAAUACUUAUGGUAGAUAGAGUUGAUGUGUGGCCUGUUGCCUACUUGAUGUAAAAGCAAGUAAAUCAGAAGAAGGGAUUUAUAAAAACAUUUGCACAUCUGGGGGGAAAUGAAGGAUUUUCAGAUCCUAAAAAAAAAAA